UAUACAUUCUCUGUUUGUUUGCUUUUGACUUACCCUCAAUUUGACAUCGAUGGUCUCGCUGAGAUAGACGACCAUGUCCAAGUGCCACCAGCUCGAGGUUGUGCCCUACUGGAGUCUCUCGGUUACUGUCCUGCGAGCAGAGCUCCAUCACUCGCAUGACUACUUUUCGGAGUCGGACUGCUACGUGAUUCUAAGGCUCCCCACGUCCUCUGCUCGCUCUCACCGCACCCAGACAGUGCCCAACAGCAACAACCCCGAGUGGAACGAGACGUUUCACUUUCGCAUCCACAGCCACGUCAAGAAUGUUCUAGAAAUGCACGUGUACGAUGAAGACUACUUCACGCAAGAUCUUUGCUCUGUCGUCUUGUUUGAUAUCAGCAAUCUCACCCUGGGCCAGCAGACCAAAAUCUUCAUAAUAAAUGAAAAGACAAAUGAUAAGCUGUGGGUUGAAUUUGAGAUGGCAGAGAGUGCUGAGGAUCCAGGGACGUACCUGUCCAAUGGAGUCCUGGUGGCGGCACCAUUCUCCACUCUAAACAUCACGGCAAAUCUUCUUGGAACUGCACUCCAGAGCCUAUUACUGAAGUUGAAAGGAGCUUAUAAAGAGGAGCAUGUUCUCACUUCUGGCCUGGUGGUACGCUACUACAUCAACAGAGACCUGGAGACAGAGCUCUGUGUCCAGGGUGACGAUACAGUUCAGCCAAUCAAACUUUCACCAGAUACCAGACAGGAAGUGAAAGUGCCUGUUGGAAUGGAUGUUGUUGACCUGGAACUGAAGAGUGAGGAACGGCCAGCGCAGGAGCUGGCAUUGCGUCUGGACUUUGACAUCCCGUCAGCGGAGAAGGACUUCCUGGAGAAGAGGAAGGUGGUGGUGGGGCGGGCUUUGCACAAGCUGCUGGAGCUCAAUUCCCCUCUACAGACAGAUAAGGUCCCCCUGGUGGGUGUGGUUUGCUCAGGGGGCGGGACCAGGGCGAUGACUGGCGCUUUUGGGAGUCUGAAGGGUCUCCAGACUCUGGGAAUCCUGGAUGCCGUCAGCUACAUCACUGGGGUCUCAGGGGCCACAUGGGCCAUGUCAACCCUGUACGAGAAUGCUGAUUGGUCGCAGGGGGACCUGGGUGUGGUCACUGAGCCAAUGAAGGUUGAGAUGAUUAAGAGGUACCAGAACAUCCUGUCCACGGAGCGGCUCAGUUACUACAGGGAGGAGAUGGGGCAGAAGGAGAAGGAGGGACUUCCAGUGUCCUCCAUUGACAUGUGGGGUCUGGCCAUCGAGCACCUCAUCUAUGGGAAGAAAUGGGACAGUACCCUCUCUGACCAGAAGAGGGCGGUGUCAGGGGGACAGAAUCCUCUGCCCAUCUACACAGCUGUGAACAUGAAGACCAGCCUGAAAGGCAUCACAGAGGCCGAGUGGUGUGAAUUUACCCCGUAUGAGGUUGGUUUUCCGAAGUACGGUGCAUUUGUACCCACUGAGGACUUUGGCAGUGAGUACUUCCUGGGUCACCAAGUCAAAAAACUUCCAGAGACUCGUCUGCCUUUCAUGAUAGGAAUAUGGUGCAGCGUUUUCUCCAUCAGCCUUACAGAGCUGUGGCACCUUGUCACAGGCUUUGCUCCAUUCUGGAUAGGUGGUAAUGUCGCCCACACAGAGACGGACAACAAGCCGUCCACGCUGGACACCUUCCUGAUCAAACCAGCCACCGACAUGGUGCAGAUGAUCACCAAGUUCUUCACCAACCGACCCUUCAUCACGCAGAUUUACAACUUUAUGCGAGGCCUCUAUCUCCACUGGGACUACAACACCAGGAUUGGUUUCACCGUAGGACAAGACACACACCCUGAUGCCUUUCCGAACCAGUUGACACCAGCGGACCCAACCCUGAAUCUGGUGGACUCAGGGUUGGCCUGUAACUUGGGGUUCCCCCCUGUGCUGCGACCCCACAGACGUAUGGACCUCAUCCUGUCCCUCAACUACUCCUGGGAGUCUGAUCCGUUUCUGGAGUUGAAGCAAACCCAGCAGCACUGCACUGAUCACAGGAUCCCGUUCCCUCACAUCGAUUUCAGCCGUGUGGAGAAAGAGCCCAUGAAGGAGGUGUACGUGUUUGAGGACGAGAAGAACCCAAAAGCUCCCAUUGUGGUUCACUUCCCUCUUGCCAACCUCACCUUCAGAGAGUUCAAAGCCCCAGGUGUCAGGAGAGAAGGGGAGGAUGAACUGAGGAUGGGAGAGCUGGACGUGAGCAGCAGCGCCUCACCAUACAUCACCGAGAACCUGGCCUACCAGCCCGAGGACUUCCAGAGGCUGAUGGACCUCACUUGCUACAACGUCCUGAACAACCGCGACACCUUGCUGUCAGCUCUGCGCAGGGCGCUACAGAGAAUGAGAGUCCAUGAAGAUGAUGGAGAACACAAAGACCACUGCUGUCCCUGAAUAGAUCCCUCUAAUUAUCAAUUCAAUUCAAUUCAAUUCAACUUUAUUUCGCCAUGUAUAUUCUCCAUGCAGGCUAUAGCAUCACAAAUAGAACAACAAGACAACACAGAACAACAAUACAAGGACAGAUAGUACCAGUAUGAGCAAAAUAAUAAAUAAGAAUGGAGGUAGUGCAACAAUAGUAAUGUUAAAUAGAGUUAAAUAAAGUGCCAUAAAGUUCGUGUGUAAGAGCUAUUUAGGAAGGCUAUUGCUUGGGGGAAAAAAAUGUUGAGGUGACGUGAUGUUUUGGUCAUGAUGGCCCUGUAUCGCUGUCCAGAGGGGAUUCAGAUAGGAACAGGGUUGGGAGGGUUACUUUAAAAAUGUAUUCCGUUACAAUUACUAAUUACCUGUUAAAAAUGUUAUUCAGUAAUCUUAUUCAAGUAUCACAAUAUUUGAUGACUUUCCGUUACUUUUGGAUGAUCUCAAUGCCAAAUUUGAAUGAAAAUGAAGACAACAGAAAAGAGACAUCAAUAAGAUGGCAUUUACUUAAGCGUAUUUUGUAACAGCACAAUGUAACCUUAGAAAAGAACAUGAAGAAACCAAGUCUUAAGAAUAAAUUAUAGGGUGGAUCUACAGAGUAGUAUAGCCUAGUAGUAUAGUUUACAAAUGCUGUUUGAAUGUUGUUUAAGUGAUAGUCGCUUAACUGACUGGAUGUCUGUGUACACGUUAGCAGUGUUGGUGUUACCUGUAAAUGCUUCAUUAAAUGAGUCCUUAGAUAACGACAGUAUUUUCACCGCGGGGAGGCAUAAGGUGCACUGCACUGUUAUGUUCCCUCCCACUUUCAGCUUUGAAGACAAAAUAGUGUCGAUAUUUCCAGCCAGAGAAAGCAUUUUUUAAACUCAGGUCAUCAUAUGGACUUUUAGGUUUCCAAACCAUUUUGAACAGGUUCAUUGUUGUUACUGCAAUCUGUUUUUCAGAAGAAAUUUCUAAGGGGUUACCACAAGUGUUUUCAGGAGAUGCACAUUUUUAUGUUCCCCUCAGAAAUUUUUCCUAAAAAACACUUGUGGUAACAACUCACAACCUGUUCAAAAUGGUUUGGUUUUUGCUUGGCAAAUCUCCCAUGGGUGAGCUCAGUGGUGAUAGGGAGGGUCGAACUGUGCCUUUUUCUACCUUUUUUAUUCCAAUAAAGACUAAAUUCAUUAGAAGUGUGGAGGAGGACAGAAUGAUUUAUUGGGUUAACACAAGUGUUUUCAGGAGAUGCAAAUUCGUAUGUUCCCCUCAGCAAUUUCUCCUGAAAAACACUUUUGGUGACAACUCACAACCUGUUCAAAAUGGGUUGGUUUUUGCUUGGCAAAUCUCCCAUGGAUGCCAUUUUUGCCCAGCCUCUUUCUUAUUAGUCUGCAUAUGUGUAAGAUCUGCGUAAGUGAAGGAACCUCUUGUCUAUGUUUGGGUGAGCUCAGUGAUGAUAGGGAGGGUCGAACUGUGCCUUUUUCUACCUUGUGUAGAACUGACAUCCUUUGGAAGACAGGAAGCUCAGUUUAGUCAGCUGCAAAUAUGACUUGACCUGAAAAAAAAUCUAACAAAAGGUUUGUCAGUGUUUUCAGGAGAUGCAAAUUCGUAUGUUCCCCUCAGCAAUUUCUCCUGAAAAACACUUUUGGUGACAACUCACAACCUGUUCAAAAUGGGUUGGUUUUUGCUUGGCAAAUCUCCCAUGGAUGCCAUUUUUGCCCAGCCUCUUUCUUAUUAGUCUGCAUAUGUGUAAGAUCUGCGUAAGUGAAGGAACCUCUUGUCUAUGUUUGGACUUGACCUGAAAAAAAAUCUAACAAAAGGUUUGUCAGUGUUUUCAGGAGAUGCAAAUUCGUAUGUUCCCCUCAGCAAUUUCUCCUGAAAAACACUUUUGGUGACAACUCACAACCUGUUCAAAAUGGGUUGGUUUUUGCUUGGCAAAUCUCCCAUGGAUGCCAUUUUUGCCCAGCCUCUUUCCUAUUAGUCUGCAUAUGUGUAAGAUCUGCGUAAGUGAAGGAACCUCUUGUCUAUGUUUGGGUGAGCUCAGUGAUGAUAGGGAGGGUCGAACUGUGCCUUUUUCUACCUUGUGUAGAACUGACAUCCUUUGGAAGACAGGAAGCUCAGUUUAGUCAGCUGCAAAUAUGACUUGACCUGAAAAAAAAUCUAACAAAAGGUUUGUCAGUGGUUUACAGUAGUAUCAGAUGUACUUAAAAACAUACUAAAAGUUUACCAAUGUUUGACUCCAAGAAAGGCCCUAUUUUCAAAAUGGCGGCCGUCAGGUCCUUAAAAUGACCAUUACUCCUUUGUUUACUCCUAGACCAGGAAUACUGGUGCCUGAUACAUGUUUUGGCCAUGUAAUAUUCUAAUUAGCAUAUUUGCAUGAUAGAUAAGUGAGUACAAGUACAAGUAUAUAUUAAAGUAAUUGGUUACAAGCAUAUAUAUGUGAAAAAUAAGUAAAAUUCCCCUAAGUAAUUGCAUAUUUCUCCUUUGCCUUGUGUUGGUGGUUUCUGUGGUUCAUAACCAUUUUUUUUAUUCCAAUAAAGUCUAAAUUCAUUAGAAGUGUGGAGGAGGA